AUGCCUGGAAUUCCUCUGCACGCCCUUGACAACCUCAAGGCCAAGCUCAAGGCUGCCUUCAAGAAGAAGGAUAACAAGGAGGAAGCCAAACCCGCCGACCCCAAGCCUACUGAGACAAAGCCCGCCGAUACCACAGCUGCCACCGAGCCUACCAAGACCGAGGCUGA